AUGCAACUGAUACGUCCUUCACUCUGGAGGGAUGGAGGAUCAAAGAUGAGGGAUGAAUAAAAAGAUGUACACGAAUGCGUGUCCUGAUUAGUGCGUACCGUGAACUCAACCGGUGAAGGUCGUUGGUUGGCAGAAAGUGAAGCAAGAGCAGUGGAUUUUGCGAAAUUUGUUGAAAAGUUAGGCAGAAUGACCUCAGGCUGCAAAAACAUGGCCCAAUCGAGACAGAGUGAUUUCAGCAUAGAACAUAUUCUAACCAGAGCGGGGGAAAGGUAUGAAAAGCGACGGAAAGUGGAGUCCUUUUCCUGCUCAUCCAACACAUCCCAGAGCCACAGUGAUAGUGAUGAACAGAUAGUGUCAGAGGAGGAUGAAGAGAUCGUAGUGGAUAAUACCCCUCAUGCGGAGAGUGUCGGUGCAUCAAGCUACUUGCAGAACUGCAUGCCGAGCUUCGAUUGGUUGUACUACACGCGCUAUCGUCCACCCAAGUUGCCACGACCCCAAAAGAUCGGCCCCGUCAAGCGUACUCCGGGACGUUUGCCCCGAGUACCGUUCACACCUGCCCAGUUGAGUGCCUUAGAGGAUGCAUACAAGGUGUCCACCUAUUUGAGCUCGGAGGAGGCAAACCAGCUAGCGUACAGCUUGGAGCUUACCAACACGCGGGUAAAAAUAUGGUUUCAGAAUCGACGAGCUCGGGACCGGCGGGAGAAGCGCGAGGCAUCGCUUGGCGCACCCGAUCCGAUUGGCGCCGGCGCAUUCGUCGGAAGUAUCCCUCCGUCGGUCGGUCACUUUGCGACGUUCUUCGGAUCGACAGCGAAGUCGUCGUCACAGACCACAGCUUCGCUAUCACCUACCGGAUCGGAUGGGGCAGAAAGGAGCAGUGAAUCAUCGUUCCUUCAUAUGAAAUGAGAGUCUUGUGAUAGCGGUUACCGUUGUAAAUAAUUGUAAAUACACAGUAGUUAGUUUAUACCCCCAUAUU